UGAAGGUAUUGAGGAGGAUUUUGUGGCCUGGUGGAAAGAGCUAAAGGCUCGGCUGCUUCCAGUGUUGAAUGGUUCGUCUCCCAUCAGCUCUCUGGACGGUCCUCAGCCACAUCAACCUGCUCAGGACAGUGAGGUUCUAUGGGAGUCAAGUAGUGAAGAAGAGGGAGAGGAGGAGGAGGGGGGAGGGGAGGGUGGGAAGAGGGAAAGUGGGGUGGUGGAUCUUGAAGAUGUGGGAGACAUGCUACGUAAGGCAAGGCCACCUCGUGCUAGCAGAGAAUUGAAGAUCAAGAGAAGAGGGGAGAGGAGAGAGAUGGUAACUCCAUUGCUCAGGAAAACCCUUAGUAAACAAGGUGUGUACAGUAAUGCAUACUGCAUAGUACAUAUGACGUGUUCAUUGGUUAUGUGACUCGGGGGGAAGCAUUUAACCAACUC